AUGAAUACCCAGCAUACUGAGCUUGUGGAACAGUUGUUCCUAGAAUUCUCUUUCCAAGAAGUGCUUCAAAACGAGACAGAUGGUUUCCCUUUUGUCGAGCCCUGGGCUAGCGAAUACGUGAAUGCCAUUCAGGAUAGAAGAUACGGCGGUGCUGUGUGGGCACGCUACCAUAUUGCAGGCGACGUACAUGGUGGGGUUAUUGAAGGCACAGACAAGACUGUGCUUGAAAUGAUCGAGGAAGAUGCCUUGGGCUACAAGGUGGGCGAUCCGGAGGUAUACGACGUAGCUCUCUCCUUCUACGCCAAAACUAAACCAACGGAUGGGCAUCCUGAAGUGAUCGAAAUUACUAUGCGCAUAGGAAGUCAAGAUGUGACUGCGAUUCGGGCUCAACUUAGAGCCGAGCGCCAGGCGGAGGCUCUUGCUGAUCUCUAA